CUGACACACGUGGGGCCAGUGGGACCAGCACCAGGCAGCUGGCAGGACGCAGCUCAAAGCCUGUCACAUCCCCAUGUGCUGAGCCCUGUGGGGAGGCAGGGGUGGCCCCAGAAGGUCCUGACCCUGCCCUCACUGGGUACGAUGGUAUGGGGAGGAUGGGCCACAUGCCGUACAGCAGGGACGGCAGGGAUGUGUGCAGCAGCCCAGGCAGCCCUCUGCAAGGCCACAGCCAGGCACCGGCAGCUGGUGCUGCAGCUCGGAGGCAGUGCCGACAGCCUUUGGCUGCGGGAAUAGCGGUGCAGGAGGAGUUUGGAGGCCAGUGAGCUCAGAAAUGGUCUGCAGUGUGUGUUGCUGGCAGGGCUGCGGCAGGCACCAGUGAGCCCCAAGGAGCGACAGGAGCUGGAGAGGUUGUGGGUGCUAUUCCUCUCUGCCCUGGAGCUCUUCCUAGAGGACCCGUGCCAAGCCCACCACCUCUGCCAGCUCUUCUCUGUGCUGGGGGGUAGCACUGCUCCAAUGCACACCAGACUGGAGGGCUGGGAGCUGCCUAGCCACAAGAGGAACCGGUGUGGGGGGGAUCCCACACAGCCCCCAUCCAUCCCACGCCUGGAGGAGGAGAUCGAGCAGGUGAGGGCCAUGCUAGUGGAGAUGGAGAGUAGAGCCAACAUCCCGCUGUGGAUGGUGGAGGCCACACAGCCGGUGGGGCCAGGUGGCACUGCAGCACCCAUGGCUCGGGUGGGGGGGCUCAUGCUGGGCACUGUUGCAGGGUGCUCUGACCAGGGGACAGGAGAGGAGGCGGCAGGGCUGGCACUCCCUUGCAGUCAGGCAUCGCAGAGUAGGGGAUGGGGCCCUAGGUACCACCGCAGACCCCGUUCCCCUACCCUGGCAGGUGAUGCUGGGGGCUGCCCUCACCCUGCAGAGGGAAUGGGACCAGCUCCAGGCACCCCAAUCGUUAAUGAAGCCCGUGUUACCCCAGGGGGAUCGGUGUCCCUCCCUUCAUGCCCAUGCCUGCAGAGGGGCCGAGCUGACUGA